UGAAGAAUGGCUUGCAGAGUUGGCAAUGUCCUUCUUCUCCCUCAUUCACUCCCCUUCAUCGAUCCGUACACUCCUUAACCUGCUCCCUCCUUCACUCUUCUUCGUCUCUUCUCUUUGGCAGUUACGCUGCUUCAAUCUCCACACCCACCCACUUUCUCUCUCCUCUCCAUUAAAAAUCUCAUUUUUCUCUCUCUUCAUUCCCUUCAUUUAUUGCUUCCAAUCACACUUGCACAUUCAUUCAUUCAUUUCAGAACAACCUUUCACCUACAAGGGCCAAAAAAAGAUCAUAUUUUUUUGCUGGGUUUUCACUCUUUCAGUGAAGGGAAGAUCAGAGAUGCCUCUGGUGAGGUUGCAGGUGAGGAAUGAGUUUAAUUUGGGGCAACCUGAGCUAUACAGAGAGGCUAACAGAGAAGACCCUAAAGCUGUGCUUGAUGGUGUUGCUGUGGCUGGACUUGUUGGGAUCUUGAGGCAGCUUGGUGAUCUUGCUGAUUUUGCAGCAGAGGUUUUUCAUGGUCUGCAGGAGCAAGUGAUGACAACAGCUUCUAGGAGUCAUAGAUUGAAUGUUCGUGUACGGAACAUUGAAGCGUCCCUGCCUUCCUUGGAGAGGGCUGUAUUAGCACAAACAAGUCACAUACAUUUUGCUUACACAGCCGGUUGUGAAUGGCAUCCACGAAUAAAAACUGCACGAAAUCAUUUCAUAUACAAUGACUUGCCUCACUUUAUUAUGGACUCAUAUGAAGAAUGCCGUGAACCUCCGCGUGUGCACUUGCUUGAUAAAUUCGAUACUAGUGGUCCUGGAUCUUGUUUCCGUAGAUAUUCUGAUCCAACCUUCUUCAGGAGAGUAUCUACAGAUUUAGACGAACCGUACUCUGAGAAGACUGAAAAGGCUAGGAAAUCCCGUAAAAGCAAGAAGAGAAGAUCAUCACGAAGGACUAGGGAACUUUUAAGGGGUGAACAGAUGCAUAGCAGUAGUGGCAGAAUGCAAUUUAGUUCUUCCACUAUCAAUGGCCGAACUUCUUCCUCACAAGCAGCCUCCACAAUAGACAUGGCAAUGAAAUCAGAUAUGGAGGAUUAUUCAAAUUCUUUCGAUUCAAAGUCUGGUGCUGGAUACAUAGAAUGUGUUUUCCAUCCAAGUAAUUAUCUGCAACCUGAUGAGCAGGAUUGUAAGGAACCAUCCUCUUCCAGGUCGACACAGAAAAUCAAUAAUCGUCAGUCUGUAUCUCCUGCUAUAGAUGAUAGUAUUUCACAUGAUUCAUUGGAAAAGAAAAUUGCCUCUAGUUCAUCAGGUGUUACUUGGGAUGAAAAAGAGGAGAUAGUGGAAUCUAAUAGUCAAGCCUGUGAUACAGAUAAAAUUACAGAGAGGCUUGUGGAAAAGCAUGACUCAGAUAUGCGUGUGGAAGAGGCUGUUGCCACAACAAAUAUUGAUUAUAAUGAUAUCCUAUACAAUGAAGAAAGAAACCUGAAACAGGUCUCCAGCAGGGUUCAAAUAGACGACAUUGACAGUGAACCUGAUGAUUACAUGGAUGCUCUUAACACCAUUGAAUCAGAAUCUGAAAUUGAUCUUGAUUAUGAAACAAAACGAGAGUUGCAGCGGUUCACUUCACUUGUCACUGAUGGAAUGGUUGAAAAUGAAGUUACUAGAUCUCCUUCUAAAUUAUUAGACAAUAAUGUAUCUGAUGUUCUGCAAACUGUCCCCUUAAAUAAAGACACAGGUGAGGAAGAAAGUGAUCCCAUAUCUGAGCCACAUGCAUCAAAUUUGGGAUUGGUAAGUCCAUCCAAUGUUCUUGAUAGCAUGAGAAUUACCGGAGACACUUUUUCCGUAAGAAAAGAAGCAUUCAGGGAGCCUGACUUUCUGCAAGAAAUUCCUUCUCUCCCAUCAGAACCACAUGCAUCAAAUUUGGGAUCGGUAAGUCCAUCAGAUGUUCUUGAUAGCGAAAAAAUUACCAGGGACCCUGAUUCCUUAAACAAAGAAGCGUUCAGGGAGCUUGAUUUGCCACAAGAAAUUCCUCCUGUCCCUUCAGAACCACAUGUGUCUAAUUCAGAACCUGUGAAUCCAUCAGACGUUGCUUACAGCGAAGAAAUUACCAGAGAGACCGUUUCCGUAAACAAAGAAAUGCUUGGGAAUUCUCCUGACUCACUGCAAGAAAUUCCACCUCUCAUACCAGAGCCACAUGCAGAACCUGAGAAUCUGUCAGAUAUUCUUCAUAGCCAAGAAAUUACCAGAGAGGCUGUUUCCUUAAACAAAGAAAUGUUUGGGAAUUUGCCUGACUCACAGCAGGGAAUUCCUCCUCUCACACCAGAGCCACAUGCAUCUAAUUUGGGUUAUGUAAGUUCAUCUGAUGUUUCUAGUACCAAGAAUGUAGCUGAUUCUCAUUCAUCUGAGAGUCCCAACUCUGAACAGGAUCGUCAUACACAUAAAAAUGAUGUUUUAGAUCACUCAGUAUACACUCAUACCUUCAGUGGUUCUCAUACCGCUAAUGAUACAGUGUCAGCACCCAUUAAAACAGAUAUAUCAUUUUCUGAUUCUAGAAGCUCUAAUUCACCAGAUGAAGAAGCUGGUAAAAUCAACAACAGUAUCUGCAAAUAUGAAGAGACACGAAGAGAUUCUUUGGGUGAUCAUCCAGUUUCAUUCUGGACUAAUGGUGGAUUAUUAGGACUUGAGCCAUCAAAACCUCCUGACUUUGACAAGUCAAGUUCUUUAAGUCAAGGGCCUUUGAGCUCAAAAAGCGAGAUGGAUGGUGUUUCACGUCAUGAUUCAAUGCAAAAGAGCAAUGGUCAUAAAGAGCAACAGGAGUUAUCGCACGAGGUUACUGAACAGAAUCGAAAGGGAUCAAGUUUUGGAUUCUCAACAGCAAGGCAUAAUGAUGGUCGAUCUUGUAUAUCUGAAAAGACAUCUGGCAGUUCUCAGCUGAGUAAUGGAUUUUGUCAAACCGAGAGGAACAGUUUGGCAGAAGCCGGGGUUAUGGCACCUGGAAGUGUUCUCCCAGCUGGACCUGCCACAAGGGAUUGUACUGAACACAGCCAGGGAAACGGUGAAAACUCAUCACGGAUGUUUGGACUUGGUCCUCGAUUGUUAUUAAAAAGCUUCAACCGAAAAGUUUCUUUUGAUGAAAAAUCUGGACCUUAUAAUUCUCUGAGAUCUGUUAUACUGGAGCAGAGUGGACAAAAUGACACCGCCGACCAACCACUUCCUGAGACGACCUUUAAAGAGAAAGCUGGUUCUGGAUAUCCUAUAGAUUCACUUCCUCCUUCACCGCCACUUGAAAAUAUGAAAAUAUCCUUCCGUCCUGUCAGCGGACUCGAGAUCUCCAAAUUAAAACUGAAGUUUCCUGAUGGAAGUAAUCACCAUGAAAGUAUAAGGGAGAUGUUUCCUUCAUUCCAGUUGGUCCCAGAGUCUUCUUCCAUUCCUCUGGAUGAUUCAGUUUCUCACUCUGAUGAUGAUGAUACUUUCUGUAGAUCAUCUCCGUAUGUUUCAGAUGGUUGUCAUACCCCUUGCUCUGACUAUGAUUCUGAUCAGUGGGAAUCUGAUGAAACUCCUGAAAGCAGUGAUCAUGGGGUACUUGAUUCUCCUCACAGUGAACCUAUGUUAAGUUCAAAAGUACAUGGUGGAGUGUCCAAUGAUGAUACCAACAUAAAAAGUGGACAUGGUACAUAUAAUACAAAUGGUGUGGAACCUUCUUUAUCCGGGUCUUCACUUGACUUCCCAAGUUAUGAUACUGUGAAUCCCUUUUUUGAGAAAGAAAGUAAUGAACAUUCCAAAUGCAAUAAUGUUGUCAUGUUACAUAGCCAAGCAGAGCCUACACCACCACCCCCACCACGACCACCACCUCUUCCUCCGACUCAAUGCCGGGUCUCAAAACCACAGUUGGAUGUGACAAAUGAGACUCAAAACAAUAUGUCUGAAGAUGCUGAACAUAUUUACAACCGAAGUCUUUCGGAAUCUACUAUCUUCCAGCAACGUAGGAUCGCAAAGGUUGAGCAAAUACAAAGUAAUCAUGACGGCCACGAGUCUUAUGAAAACAUGAUACACCAACUGAAGGAGAAGCUGGAUCAACCAAAGUUGAAUGGUUGGAAGGAAGCAAACCAGUUGAGAAUGGGAAAGGAGACAGAUGAAAGGGAAGAUUUCCUACAUCAAAUCAGAGCAAAAUCCUUCAACCUGCGGCCCACAGUAACAGGGAAGCCAAAUGCUACCACGGUUCCCACUGCAAGCGUCAAGGUUACAGCAAUUUUGGAGAAAGCAAAUGCAAUUCGUCAGGUUGUUGGGAGCGAUGAUGGCGAAGAAGAUGAUGAUACCUGGAGUGAUACAUGAAAUUUGUUUUUUUGAAUUUUAUUUUUUUUAGCUUCAUACAUGAGCAGUCCUAUAUGUUUUUAAGCCUCUUGAAGUGCAGAUGCAUGAGGCUUUGUUGUAAGUACACAUGUGUGAAUAAAUAUUGUCUAGUUGUAAUUUAGUUUAGUGCAGCAGCGGCUAUUUUCUCUAAUUUCAUUAUCAUAUGAAUUUGUCUUCUUUA